AUGUGCCAAGCGCCGCCUCUUUCUGCGCUCUCUUUUCAGCGUAUGUUUGAGGCGUCUUUAGGGAGCCCAGCAUGCAGUCGAACCAGCAGCCCGAGCGGCAGAGGCAGCCUUCACAACUCAACUGACAGAGACGGUCCAGAUCGCAGUGAAGAGGCUCAACGGCGAGCGCUGAUUAACGACGACCCUGAGCCGCCUCCGACUUUUGGGCCUGGCGGCGUUGCUGGCGACUCUCGAAUCUGCCUGGGGGAAAAGGUUUUCCGCACUGACGCUGACUUUUGA